AAGGGCCCGUUUGGAAUAGCUUUUUAAAAAGUUGAAAGUGCUUUUUGAAAAAGUUGUUGCUUAAAAAGUGUUUGGUAAAAUAAAAAAAAUAGCUUAUUUUAAAAUUUAAGCUAAAAUUGUGGCUUUUAGUUAAAGUUGGCACACACCAACUUUUAGAUUUUAGCUUUUACGGGAAGCUGAAAUUUGGGUUUAAUGAAUUUUUUAGUUGACCCAAUUACCCUCAUUUAAAUUAAAAAACUAUCAUUUUAUUGAGGGUUUUUUUCAAUCGUAAAAUCAACCCAGACAUAUUGUAUAUUGCUGCUCCUCAAGUUCAAUCGCAGGAAUCUUCUCCUUCCCCGAUCACUCGCACCGCCGUUUGCCAACACCGUCAUCAAUAACUCUGCACAAUUAAGAUGGAGAAAGAAAAAAAUAUUUGUACUAAAGGUGAUGUAGCAGUACCACGAGGUAAAGCAAUAUGGAAUUCUGAGAGUGUGAAUUUUUUCUUGGAAUUCUGUAUCAAAGAGGUUGAGGAUGGACAUCGUCCUACUACUUAUUUAGAUAAAAUUGGAUAUCUAAACUUGAUUACAAAUAUGAAAAAAGCAACUGAAAGAGAUUACACUAGAGCCCAGCUAAAAAAUAAAUGGGAUGGAUUGAAAAAUGAAUGGAAGCUUUGGAAGCAACUCAAGGGAAAAGAAACUGGUUUAGGAUGGAGUAUGCAAAAGAAUACAAUUGAUGCAACUGAAGAUUGGUGGAAUAGUAAAUUACAGACUCAUCCCGAUGCUGCAAAGUUUCGCAUUCGGGGAAUUGAACCAGAAGUAGAGGAAAAAUUAGAUAAGAUUUUUAUGAACACUGUUGCUACAGGAGAGUAUGCUUGGACACCUUCAUCUGGAAUAAUUCCAUCUGAGUCUGAAAAGCCUUUUAAUGAUACUGAAACCUUACAUGAACAACUUGAGAGUAGUGAUGAUGAUAUAGAGAUGCCUAAUAUUGAUAGAUUUUCUAAAGAGAAAACUAGCAAGAGAACAACUGAGCCACUUGAGAAACAAAAUAAAAAAAUGAAAAAUGGAAAAGGAAAAAUGAAGAAGACAGGGCCCGUAAUGAUAUUUGAACAAAUUGGUCGCCUUGCUGAUGCCGUGGAGACAAGAAGUAGAAAUAUUGAAAUAGCUAGAAAAGAGAAUAGUAUUGCCGAAGUUAUGAAAAUGUUAAAUUCUUUGCCUGAAAUCGAGAAAGGGAGCAGCUUGUAUUUAUUUGCAACGCGCUUGUUUAUCAUGAAAGAGAAGAGAGAGAUGUUUGCUUCAUUGGAAGAACCUGAGUUAAUGCUUACUUGGCUCAAGAAUGAGUAUACUCUGGAAUAUAAUUAUAAUGCUUAAAUCGUUCAGAAUAGUAGCCUUUAUUUUCUAAACUUUGUGUAAUGACUUUAAUAUAUUUUUGUUAUGUUAUUUCUUUAAUCGUAUUGCUCUCAAGACUUUAAUAUAUGUUUGUUAUGUUUUUUCUUUAAUUGUAUUUGUUCUUCAGACUUGGUGUUAUCACUAGUAUGAAUAUGCUUUAUUAUUUUUUUUAA